CGCGAAGUGGAUCAGUCUCGCCUAAAUUAAGAGCAUUUCGCAUUCACUCACAUAUCAAGCUGACAGCGAUUCACUCCAACAAGACCGGGAGUUCCUUGAUUUUAAAAAUUGCUUGAGAAAAAUACUAGUUCGAGAUAUAAAGAUGGAUACGGAGUGCGAAUGCCAGCGAGUAGCAACACAAACAACACCGGCUCGACGAAUUCCGACAUUAGACGUUGAUUUGCGUGUUCGCCGAUUUCAUCGGGAUGAUACGCGGCGAAUUCACAAUCUUUUCUUGGAAGAAACGAGGUGUUUGGUAUGGCCGAUGUUUGCGCAAGCCAUUCGAAGUCCUCCAGCAGUUAUUUUGCAUCUUUUGUUCAUGGCUGUUGGGGCAAUGCUAGCUAGGUCCUUUGUUAUUGCUUUGUUUGGAGUCAUCCUGACCGCGGCUGCUAUUUUUGUGUACACUUACCGCUGGUUUUAUCAAUACUUGACUAGUUCAUUGAAAGGGGACUUGGCAAACAUUUCCCAGGUGAGAUUUUCCGUGAGUUAAUUACGGUAUCGAUGGUUAAGGGAUAAAUAGCUAUAUUUUCAAAGCUAUCUUGAAGUACCGCACCGCAAAUAAUUGGUGCCAGUCGCUAUAAGGACUUCUGGUCGCACAAGAGCUCUUCAACUGUAUAGGCUAACUUCCUUCUAUGCCUCGCCCAAAUCUCUUUGUAGUUGUAGAAAAAAAAAUUAAAUUAGUAGUAUUUCUGCCAUUAAACUUUGUAUUGAAAUAACGCGCUAAAAAUAAAAAAAUUGACACGAACAGGGGAGGGUAGCCGCGGCGUUUUCAGUUAAUGUUUUCUUAGGGAACAUUGUAUCAGACGAACUUUGGUUCUCUGGAGAACCCGUUUUCAUAACAGUUUGACUCUAAGGUGAACGAAAUUUUGUAGAUGUUAACUAGUUCUACAGACUGUGAACAGAAUGACAAUGUACAUAUUGUAAUUGGUUCUUAGAUAUAAACUUUUGAUUAUGUAACAAUGCAGAAAUCUCUUAAGGCCAUAAAAAACACGAAUGGAACUUUUUAAUUUUUAAACACAUUAACGAACCUCUCCAAACUACGUCAUCAUUUUCCAAUUGUGAAGCUGGGAGAGAAAGUUAGCUUUAUAUUCGACUGGCCAUCGCUCGCUGAUGUUCGAAAACAAAAGCGUUUUAAUGCGUUUAGAAGGGAAGGUAAUACGGUAUUUCAUUCUUGUCUAGACCGCGCAUUCCGAAAAUGUUUUCUUUGCGUGAGGCUGUUUUCUAAAGGAAAGAUGUUUCCAAUUUUAGAUAGUUCAAUGCUUUUCUUUAGUUCAGCUGUCAAGAAAUUGGAGAGCGACCAGUUCAGUUGAAAAUACGGAACUCUCAAAACUUUCCGAUCAAAAAAAUGAGAGGGAAGUCGAAAUUGGCGUGUUAUCGUGUCCAUUUGCCAUCAUUUAGUAUUUGGAUUUCCGUUUCCUUUACAUGCGCAUCCCGCGCACAUGACGUCGGAUUACUUUACAGAAAAGGCGAGAACAUUCUAUCUUGUCCGCAUUGUAAAGAUGGUUAGAAUUAUUUGUAAAAGCUGCAACUUACUAACUGGCAAAAUUGAAAAUUUCAGCGGUAGAUAUUUAAACACGUGCAGAAUUAUUCACGUAAAAAAAAAGAUUAUCUUCCGCGUUGCAAAACUCAUGCGCAUCGUCUACCGUGAAGAAAUGGCCGACGAACAUUGUAUCGCUGUACAAUAUAUCAAUUUUCUAUUUCAAAUCAAUCCAACAUUUGUCACGCGUCAUGCUAAAUGAUUCACGUGUCCGAUGCGUCGGUGAAAAAAAAAAGCGUUUGAAUCUUUGUUUAUUUCAAGGAAACUCGUGGAUUGAUCAAAACCUUUGGGAAAAAACGUGACGAACUAAAUAUAGAUGAACUCACAAGAACUUGGUUCAUUUCAUCAAUAUUCACAGGAACGAAGUAGUGACUUCUCCAUAUAGACAGGGGGAUGGCUAGGAAAGCAAAGCUCUGUAUUCUCUCCGAAGAUGUAUGUUGGAUGUAGUUUGCUAUGAUUUCGAGCACACCAGCGGCGAUAGUAUGUAUACAAUGCUUGAAAAAACGUGCUCAUCUGAAAAUAAUCCCUCAUAAUUGACCUUUGAAAACAGCUUGAUUUUAUAUCAUGUAAAGGAGUGAAGACUACAUGAUCACUCUUUGAUCUGUGUCACGUAUGAUUGUCGAUGUUGGUGUACUAUAGUGUGCGGCCUCCUUAAAAAUUACUGCUUAACCGCUUUCCGAUAAGAAUGGUUACCGUACACAUCUGACCAUUAGUUUAAUAUUGGACGUAGGUUUUUUUUUCUGUUUAACAAAUUUCAAAUAUUGUUGUUUCCACCUGUAACACGCCAUCUAACUUAAUUCAUUAGCUCAGCUUUAAAGAAUGUUGUGCGGUUUCUAAUCUGUCAACUUACAUCUGUUUAUUUUAUCGAUUGCAGUAUUACCUUUGCAAGGCAAAGUGUAAUUUUUUGGUGGCGGAGUUCGACAGCUCGAUCAUUGGAUUUAUUGCAAUCGAUCAACAAUCUGAAACAAUAGCCUCGGUACGGAGAAUGUCUGUCGACACUUGUUUCCUAGGUAGAAGAAAAUUCAUCGCUACAAGACUUUUCCAAGAGGCGUUCAAAUUCUGCCAGGAAUGUGGGUACUCAGAGAUGGUCGUGGAAUUUCCUGGAACUCAAAAAACAAAGAGCUAUGGAUUACGUCGGUGCGACACAUAACCGACAAGUCAAGACAUCUCUGUUCCGCGAGAGGGUUGAAUUUCACGCUCGGCCCAGGCUCCCUGACAAACACCUCCGUACCUUUUCUUCUCAUCAUCACGUGACGUCAUAGCGUCAGUAUUUGGAUUAACCGGAAGUGGCUAGUUUUUAUGACAUCAUCCGCUUGAGGCCAAGGGGAAGUCUGCACGAAAGGUCACCCUACCUUUUAUGAUGCUGGAGUCAAUCGUUUAUUUCAACGAAUAUCUGUGAGCAGAACUACAAAGACAGUCGUGGAUAUAUACAUUUAUACAUCUGUAUCCCACGAGGUCAGUUGUUUACCAGUUCAUAACCUAAUCAAACAGCUCAAGAUCUUGAAAGUUACUCCAAUCAGCGCGUAUCUCAACCCAAUCCACAGCCCUAUCGGCCAUAACCUCCUACAUGGAUGUCAGUGCUGCCCAUUGGACAAUCUUUGUCAGGUAGUUGUCUCCCAAACAAAGGGAACUUCGUCGAAGCGCAUUGGCUGAGGAACAAUACUAUAAAUGUGAAAACUAAAUGGAAGAGGAAAAAACAUUUGAAGUCAAUCUCACCCAAACUCUAUCAAACUUGACAUUCUUUAAAUUUAGCUCUUUGACCUCUGACUAGCAUCUAAUUUCUCCUUACAAGUCACCCCCGAAUCACACAUGAAAGUCGUGAGAAUAAAGGAAAUGAUCACCCAGAAAAGAAAGCUCUUGAUUGUUAAACGAAAUUCUCCUUAUCAGCACCUUAGGAAAUGUCUAGAGAACAGUAUGGAGAAUAUGCAUACUGACGUUAGGGUUGGAAGGCUUACAAAGAACGAUGAAAUAGUUAACUGUAUUUCAGAUGAAUUAAAAUUAGAGUUUAAUAUCCUUAGUUGACCUAACGGUGUAAAUUAAAUGUAAAAAAUUCAUUUCUUCCUUUAUUCAGAUCUAUAAAGGCAAACUCUAUAAGUAAGGACAUAGAUUAUUAUUAAAAUAAUAGACACAAAAAUGACAAGACGGGAAACGAUAGAGGAUAACCUCUUAAAAAAAUAUUACCUAUCAAGAAAUGAUAUAGGUGUGUACAAGGAAAAACGUAAUACAAAAUAAAAGUAUGAAAAUGCUCUUUUGAACGCAAGAUAGUUUUGAUUGAAAUUUACAUAACAACUGCCACCUUAAUCUCUUACCCAGAUACUACCCUGUUUUUUUUUUAAGUAUGCUUUUCAAAACAGAGAGAAAGAAAACGAAGUCCAAAUUUCAUAUGUAUUUUGAUGAGGCUUGAUAUCCUCUUGAUCCUGGGUUACACUCUUGCUAUGAUAAAACACAGCUAAUUACUGUGCUUCAUUCCAGACUAGAACUGGUGAAAAAUAUGGUAGAUUGAACCUUGAAAAUAUUUAAUCCUAAAGAUCAAGCAAGUCAUCACUCUGGUAGUGUUCCCCUCAGAAAAAAAAACUCAAAAUAUGCUGAUUUUGCUAGCAGCGCUGCUUUUAUAAAAAGUGCAACGAUUAUGUCCAUUUUUCCAUAAUACGCCAAAAAUUAAGCACGAUCAUUAAGGGCCUCGUGCCGACUGCCACGCUAAGAAAAAGGGAGCAGCUUUUGUCCAGGGUUUCUCUCAGGACGAAAAACGUAUGGAGGAAUUCAACGUAGUGAUGUUCCAUCUACAUGUUAAUACUAACCUUCUUAAAAUCCAAUUAGAGAAACAGUUAAUUCCCUCCAAGCAUACUUAACGUGGUCAGACUCUUAACACAGCAGUCAAAUGAAUGCACACUGAUGUGAACUAUGAUAGAUAAUUUGUUAUUGCAAGCAUGAAGAAUCAAAGUAAAACGUAGUUUUCCGCAGUUUCUAAGGAAAAUUCGAAUUUUCGUAGGCCAAGACUUAUACACAUUGUUGUUCUGGCCUUUACCCACUGAGUUAGUUUACACUCUCGUACUCUUUUUUACACUUUGCACAGCGGCAUGAUGAAGUCGCCCGUAAACUUGGCCGCGCUGGCUAUAGUUAUUUUUUGUUGUGUUCAUGGUGGAGUUGCCGGUAAACACCGAGGGAAAUGUUAAAGAAAAGGAUGAAGCAGAGCCCCACAACUAUUUGUGACGAUCACAGGUCUGUGUUUAUAGCGGACGGUAGACUGUGUGGCGAGGGUUGAAGAAAGGUUUUAUCAUUUUCCUUUAUCACCGAAACGAAGCGUCCUCGUUAAAAACAGUUGGGAUAUCUGACAAACAAAAUAAAGCCAAGAUUUAUUUUUUCUUCAAAAUCCUUUUUUCAUUUGCCUUGCGCAUUGGAAUCGUUAGGAAUUUAAUCUUCUUUUCCUUACUUUACGCUUGACGCGCGUUUGGAAAUCCCACUUAUUGGUUUCAAACUCUCGUGCAUACGCAGUAUUUGACCGCUGUGUUCAGACUCUGUGGUAAAACAUCGCUGAGUGGAUCGGUACCGUAAAAUCACAAGGUCUGAGGUUCGAAUCUUCCUGAGAAACUCUGACUCUCUCUAUUACCCACGCCUUGACAAGAGUUAUGAAGUCUUUCGUUAGUUAUAAAACAAAAAAAAUUCAACUUCUCAGCUCGAGCUCUUCUUUUUUGUCUACUAAACCUAAUUCCCAGACUCCUCUCUCUUUUGAAAACGCAACCGUCCCUGCUCCUCUAGCAGCAAGAGGUUGGUACUAAAAAACCAUCAGGCGUUGCGCGACGCCAUAUUACCCCCAGCAUCGUUAAGCUCUUUCUCUUCUUCCCUCGUGUUCAAAAUGAAAAUCCGCGGAGAGGUAAUAACGAGUUAAUUUUGCCGGCUAAGCAUCCUGCAUAGCGAUUAAAUUAAACUCCUGACUUUAAGAUUAAACUCUAUUUAUUCUAAAGAAUGUACAAUUAUUCAUUUUCAGGCGAAGUAGUUAGUUUUAGAGGCGUUUGAUCGCCAAAAAUUUGAGGGAAAUAUUCUGUCUGUAAAUCGCGACACGUUUCAAUCCUAAAUAUUUUCUAGCUUCUCUUUCAUUUAACUGUUAAGUCCUCGCGGAUGAUCGAAAAUCUUGAUUUGAGCUAAUCAACUGCUUCAACUUCGUGGAACUAAGUACAGAAGCACUGUGUUCUAGAAACUUUUCAAAAUUUUAUAUCUUCUGUCAUUUCUUCUAUCUCAUCACAGUUAAAGGAAUUUGAGAUCAUCGGCAGGCGCCUGCCAUCGGAGAAGAACUCCUCUCCCCCCCUCUAUAAAAUGAGGAUAUUUGCUCCUGACGAUGUUGUCGCCAAAUCUAAAUACUGGUACUUUGUUGCUAAAUUGAAGAAAAUCAAGAAGUCUCAUGGCGAGGUUGUGUCCUGCAGAGAGGUAUUUGUACUCCUUAACUCUAUACUUAGUUGGAUGUUCAUGUGUGUUACUGCUCUAGCCUUUCCACUCUAAGAAGUCUCUGUUUUAAUCAGCAAAAGUGUAUAUUUUUAAUAUGAUGGUGAGCUGAAUUAUAAACUUUUUUUGAUUGGCUCUUAUGAUAUAUUGGUGGACAGAUACACAGAUGAUGUCAACAUUUGCAACUUUUUGCUCCUUUAAUAUAUAAAACAAAUAUUUUCCAUGUUGUCAUAGGUCUUUUUAGUAAUAGAUGACAGAUAGACAUCAAAAUGUGGUGAGAACAUCACUGACACACUUGGCUGCUUCUUGUUUACCAUUUUUUUGUCUUUACCACAUUGAGACAUAAUGUGUGAUAUACUAUUUACUGAACAGAUACAUAACAACAUGGAAUCUACUUGUUAAAUGUUUGAAUUAUACACAGAAAUAAUUAUUUCAUAAUAUAGGGGGUAAAUUUCUGAAUAAACUGUGGUGCUGCAUUGGUGGGAGAGUAUAACAGAACAUAAUUUAGUAUGAUCAACUGUAUUGCUAAUGUAAAUUGGCCACUGUGAAGAGUUUCAAAGCUGAUGUUUUGAGCAUUUGACAUUUCUGAUGUUCCUUCACUCUGAUGAAGGCUAAUGCUUGAAAUGUCAGCUUAGAAACUAUUUACCGUGGCCAAUUUACGUUAGCAACUCAGUUGAUGAUACUUAAUUUAAGCUUGAAAUUUCAGCCUAGAAACUUUUUACCAUGGCCAAUUUACAUUAUCAACUCAGUUGAUUAUACUGAAUUACCCUGUUAUUUCAGAAUUUGUUUUUCUUCCUUACUGAAUGACAGUAUCAUCUUUUAGUAUAUAGUUUAGCAAAAUAGUCAUUAUUCCUGUCUGUUUCUAACAUGAACUCUACUGUUUACCAGUUGCUUAACACUCCCAGAAGUGAAUGGUUCAUGUUUUCUCCAGACAAUAUAAAUAGAUGAUCAUGUGGAAAGGUGACAAUGGGAAAUUAUAGUAUUAUCUGGGAAACAUCAUUUGAUUUAGAGCAAAUUUCUCUGAGCCUAAAAAAAUACAAAAUGAAAGGCACAUAUCUAGGUUGUCCAAGGGUUAAUGAAUUAAUGGGGUAAGUUGCUUAAGAAACAGUAGUGCUGCAUCAGUGGGGGGUAUUAUAAGGUAAUUUGGGUUUUUCAACUGAGUUGGUAAUGUAGAAUGGCUGCUGUAAAGAGUUUAUAAGGCUGACAUUUUGCAUGUUAGCCCUUCAUUACAGUGAAUAGAAGAAUCAAAGAUUGUGUGUGAUUUAUAUACAGAAAGAUGAAGUUAUGCUACUGGAUGGUAACAUGAAAGCAAAAGUUUAAAUAAGUUGAAAGAAAUGCCUUUGUUGAUACUGUGGGGACUAAGACUGCUGGUUAGAAAGAUGAAUUUAUUCUAGAGUUUUGUGGCUUUCCGAGUUGCUUGGAUGUAUGGAAAGCCCAUAGACUAGUAAGGGUGUUAAUAGGGUUAAGUUUCAGUUGAUGAAUCAUAACUUUGUUCCUUUAUUUGAACAGAUUUUUGAGAAAAAACCUCUGAGGAUCAAGAAUUUUGGUGUUUGGCUGCGUUAUGACUCCCGUAGUGGAACUCACAACAUGUACAGGGAGUACCGUGACUUGACAGUGGCUAGUGCAGUUACUUCUUGCUGUGAGUGUGAAAUUUGUUGUUGUAAAAUCAAAUGUUGCGGGGAAAUAAAAAGUGGCUGAGGCUGCUGAAAUUUAGCUGGAGGAUUUUAAGUAUCCAUUGGACAAUUCUUGAAUCUCUAACAAGUAAUGACCUUUCUCUAUCAUUACUUUUCUGUAGUGAAAAUUUCCAGCUCUAUGAAGUUUUCUUGAUAAAUUACACACUAAGUGAACCUUGAUGAUGUAAAUGAACCUUGAUGAUGAAUUUUGAGCUUGGGGAUUUUCAAGUGAAUGAUGAUGUUGUUCAGUGACUGACAAAGUAUGAAUGUCAAAGUAUCAAUGGGAAGGUUGUAGGUUAAACUCUUAUUUGGAGCACUCAGAGUUCUUUUUCUCCAAGUAUACAUGUACCUGUGUCCUUGAGUGAGUAACAUCAUCUUUCAUGUAAGUUAACUUUUAACAUAAAGCUGAUUAAUUAAGGCAACCUGACUAUCAGUAAUGCUCCAAAAAAUAUAUUGUGAAACUCAUUAAACCAUGAACACUUUGAUUUGGUUUGGAGAGGUCAAUUGUCUACUGAAUUAUCACUAACAAAUUUAGGACACCCAUAAUAAUAACCUUUACUUACUAUAGUAAAAUAAUACCGAACCUAUUUAAAUGCAGAUCGAGACAUGGCUGCCCGUCAUCGUGCACGCGGAUCAAGCAUUCAGAUCAUGAAAGUUGAUGUAAUCCCAGCCAGCAAGUGCCGAAGACCACAUAUGAAGCAGUUGCAUGUAAGUGUCUGAUUAGAUGUCACUAGAAUGUAGUUGUGUUCUCCAGGAGUACUGGUAGCUGGUGUUUCUGCUUUGUUUGUGAAGCACAUACCAGGGCGUGAAAUUGCGCCUAAUACAGGCGCCAAUGCGACUAAAUUUUUCACUUUGGUGACCAAAUCCUGAAAGUUAGUCGCCAAAUUGGUGACUAGAAUGUUUCAUCAUAACCUUACCAAGAGAUAUAGUGAAUUAAAAAGAUUUGCAAAGAUAAAUCUGCGGCAAACUUCCUCGUUAAGUUUGUUUCCAAAACGUAGCACAUGGAUCUCGAUAUAUAACUAGACACCAUCUUGGUUUUAGAUGAGCUUUAACGUUGUAUAUCAUCCAUCCUAUUGUCCACUUUGUAGCAAGUUAAAGAUCUUUUCCCUAACUUAAUUUUGGAGGGUCUAUCUAGAAUGCUGACAGUGUAAAGAAAUAUUUUGUUUGUCUUUGAAAAUGGCGACCAACUUUUUUUGAAUUGGCUACCACUUUGAAAAAUUUAGGAGCCAAGUGGCUAUCAGAAAAAAAAAUUAAUUUCAUGCCCUGCAUACUAGUCUUGAGCUGAAAUAAAUUUUAACUUUUGCAAGUUGGGUUUUUCUUAUGGUUUUCUACAAGAAAAUAUCCAGAGAACACUGAAGUUAUUGAUAUCGUGUCAGAAGAAAUUUCUGGUGAGGAGAAAUUGUAACAACUAAUUUUACCAUGGAACUUUUUUGCUCAUGUUUUGUGCCUUUACAAGAUCUCAGACCAAGCAGGUUUUGUAUGGGACAUGGAAAAUGCAGGAAGUCAUAUCAGUGUGAAUGGAGAUUAUAAAAGAUCAUAAAAAUGAUUAUUUUAAAAGCAUCAAAGCAAGAAACACUUUGAUGGAAUGCUUAUGUUGACAUCAUUAUGAAAGCAACUGCUUGAUUGUAUAGCAAAUCAGUCAUGAAAACAUCAAGAAAGUCUAUUCAGAGGUUUUGGAAAGUCAGAAAAUUGUUUGAAUGUGUUUGUUUGAAAUCUGGUUUCUCCUCUAUUUGUCUUUCAUUUUGCCUCAAGUAUUGCUAUUUUUUUAAAAUUUAUAUAUUAUUAUUUUUAUAUUUUCUUUUUUUUUCAGAACUCCAAGAUCAAGUUUCCUCUGCCUCAUCGUAUCAUCAAGUCUCACUACAAGUCCAAGUUUGUGGCUAAGCGACCCAACACAUUCUAUUGA